AGACGAAGAAAAUCCAUUCUAUACUGUGAGUGGACCAAAGAGUGACGUAACCAACCAACGUAGCACCCGGAAGAAUGACAUAUGUUUAUCACUGAGGUUUAGGUUUCCUUAAUGCACAGAUCACACAGCACGCAUCAAAAUGGCCUCAUACUUUGAUGAACAUGACUGUGAACCCACCAACCCUGAGGAGCAAUAUCGUCAGAAUGCACUACUGGAGCUGGCCAGGUCCUUAAUGCAAGGUUUGGACCUGAUUGACUCCGGGGCAUUCGACCUGUCAGACUGGGACCAGCGGCUUCCUCCCCCGGCUGCCAAAACUGCUGUUCAGACCCUCACUGUAGUUGUCAUUUCCGCAGAACAAGCAGACAAAGGUUUGAAGUGUCCUGUGUGUUUGCUGGAGUUCGAGGAACAAGAGACGGUUCGAGAAAUGCCUUGCAAACACCUCUUCCACUCAGGAUGCAUACUACCCUGGUUGGGCAAGACUAACUCCUGUCCGCUUUGCCGACUUGAGUUACCGACUGACAAUCCAGAGUAUGAGGAGUUUAAAAAGGACAAGGAGAGAAGAAAACAGAGGGAGCACCGACUUGAGGACCUGCAUGGAGCCAUGUACACCUGAUGAAAGUGCUGAAUGCUCCAAGAGCAGCAAGCUGCCUGCAUUCAGCCCAAUUCCACAAAGAUACAACCCUGUUUGAUGUACUGAGACCCUUUUGCUACCUACAAAAAAAAAAAACUCAAACAAAUCUAAAACUUUUCCACAGAAGCCCCUCAACAGCCACUGGCACCACUGGAUGCUCCAUUGUGUUAAAAUGAGAGUUUAUAUUAAAUGGCACCAGCUUUGGGAACAUGAUAAUGGAACAUUUCAAAUGUGCUUUUUUUUUUUUUAAACCCGAUGUUUCCAAAUGGAGCAGAUAGCAGCUCUGAGCACUCUGACUUGAAAUUCCUUUUUUUUUUUAAUUUAUGAACUUCUAAUGUGCAUAAAAGCUGUACUUAUCAAGAAAAUGGAAAUGUUUAUGCAGAGGAAAUGAGCAGUGACUAUUUGUUAUAUUUGGAAAGCUUUUUGGGUUUUCUUUUCCAUGUGUAUUUGUUUUGGCUAUUAAAGCUGGCAAUAUGAGGCAUGUAUGUAUAUGGA